UUGAGGAACGGAACGGAAACAAUGCAUUUGCGACGCCUUGUGGAGGAAUAUUUCGAGAAUUCCACGUUGCAUGGAGCAAAAUUCAUAGUGGACAAAGAUGCAUCUUGGAUUGAGAGAUUGUUUUGGGCAUUAUGCCUGGUGGCGUCUUGGAUAGCCUCCUGGCAGCUGAUAAAAGUGUCAUUGGACGCUUUCGAAAACAAUGCCAUUAGUUUCGUUGUCGAAAGCUCCUAUCGGGAUUGGGACACCAAUUUUCCGGCCAUAGUUGUUUGUGAGUCCAAAAAUAUGGAUCGCAUACAAGAAGUGGCUGAAAAACUCUGGGGCGCUGAUCACGAUUUCACCUUGGAGGAGGUGCUAAGCGAGAUAUCCUUCUUUCGCGGCGAAUCCUAUCACAUGGUGCACGAGUGCGGCGGCGAAGAACCGGUGGAGAAUUGCUUCUACUCGAAUUUCUCCUACUACGCUCAAUUGGUGCGCAGCAGCUGCCAGGACUCCAUACAGAAUUGCAUGUGGCAUGAUAAGGCAUUUGCAACUACGCAUGGACGAUCAUGCAGCGACAUUCUGCAGCGGGUAAGACCUUUGAGAUCAGAUCGGGGAAGUUUUGAAAUAAAUAAAAUGGAAAAAUCAAAAGAACGAAGUCCUAAAUUGAAUAUGUACUCAAAUCGUUACACUGGACCCGGUUCGUUGAAAAUGGAAUUACACACCGAAGCAACAAUUUUUAUACUCGGUGAAGAGGAGGUUCCCACUUUGGUUACCCCAAAAACCGAUUAUUUGUUGGUUGGUCCUUACGUCUCAUUUGUUCGGAAUUUUUCCAAGCGCGACAUUCAAAAUGACGAACAAAUUCGUGAAACGAGCGUAGCUCAACGAAAUUGCCGUUUCAGCGAUGAAAACAAUUUGGAUGUCCAUCGCUAUUACAGUUACUCUGCUUGCACCGUGCAAUGCCGCAAGGAUCGCCAAAUCGAGCUAUGCAACUGCUCAGCCAUCUCUCGCCAAAUACACGCGGACUGGCAGUUGUGCAACAUGGACGGACUGGAGUGUUUGAAUCGCAACUACGAAGACUUAUCGGUGAUCAUAGCCAAGUGGUCGCGUGGCCGCAAAGGUUUGGUCUGCGACUGCUUGCCAUCCUGCACGGAGGUGGAUAUAUCGACGGUGCAUGACAGCAAGGAGAACAUUUUUGAGAAUCAAAAUCCAUUGGCGAAAGUCGAGAUCUCACUUAUCGAAUUGCCAACCGAGCGUUAUAAGCGAAAUGUUGUGCGUGGAAAGUUGGAUUUAGUUGUGUCCAUCGGUGGCACUACCGGCCUCUUUGUCGGCGCCAGUCUUCUGAGCUUCGUAGAGAUAAUUUACUACAUCACAAUCCGUCCAUAUGGAACAAUGCUGGCGGAGAAGCGUCAAAUGCGAAAACAAUUGCAAGCAUCUUAA